CAACUACAAUUACUAGAAAAAUAUUUUCGAACAGUUCGCUCUUACGAAGUAAGUGUACUGCCCUUAAUUCGGCACCAUGCCCCUGAUGGUUGGCGAGCUGUCCGUAUGGCUCCGUGCACCUCGUAACAUUUUCAUCAUUGCCUCUCGCCCCCAAAGUGUUCUCGCUCAGACCUGUGUGGCUGGGUUAUCGCCGUGGAAUCCCCAGUUCAACUGAAUACGCCACACCGACGCAUCAUCUUGGUUCCGACGCCCCUUGCCGUUUCGCCCCUGACAGCUCUACAGCGCUUACCAUCUGCGCUGAUGGAUGGGCCCUCAUCGUUACAGGUCCAGGCCGCCCAUGUAGGUGGUAGAGGCGGUAUGGGUCUCGCUUCUGUCCAUCCCGCAGCUGGACACCUAUGGCUGCCGUCAAUUUAUGCGCAGAAGACGGAAGCAAAUCUCGAACUCUUGCUGAGCCUGGUUUCUCACAUCUCCGCCGACGGCUGGCUGGCUGCAGCUUCGAUCUACGGUACUGUGGCAGGCCUGUUUGCCGUCUGGACGUUGACCGACAAGCCGCUCAUACCACUGCGAAACUGCUGGCAGCUCCACGCCAAGGAGGCCUUGCUUCUCCUGCUCUCGGCAACAACCGCAGUCCAGCUUGGAAUACAGCUGACAAGUGGUUCCCGGCGCGCCGAUGACUCUGCAACUGCCUGGGCCGAGAUUGGUGCAUCCCUAGUGACAAUUGUGUCGUUGAGUGUCGUCUUUUAUCUCAACCGGCUCGAGCAUUCGCGACUGCGCUGUGCCAGCACGGUAGCUCUGCUCUACUGGCUCGUUCUUCCCAUAGGCCUCGUGGCGAAACUCCAUUCUCUGCACCUUCGGCAAGUUUACUUGACCAACUCGACCUACUAUGGAGCUGUUUGCAUCGCUUGCGGCCUGGCGAUGGCCCAGCUUCUGCUCGAGUCAAGCUGGAGGAACAGUACCAGGUCCCAGAAAGGAGGAUUCAUCAAUAAUGAGUGCUUGCUCGACUCGUCGAAUCUUUUUUCCGUGUUGGCUUUCUCCUGGGUUACCCCCUUGAUGAGGCUGGGCUAUAAGAUGCCGCUGGAGGACUAUCACCUGUGGGACUUGCCACGAACAUUGGCGGCCCCCUUCACUGGCUCGUCCUUUGAGGAGUGCUGGCGGACCCGUCGCUCGUACGGCCGUCCGGCUUCGGCCGUAAUAUUCGCCCUCAUCAGGGCGCUCGGUCUGCAGUAUGCGGUGGCAGGCUUGAUCAAGCUCCUCGGCGACCUUUGUAUUUUUGGGCAGCCUCUGCUGCUGAGUAGCUUGCUUGCCUUCAUAGCUUCGCAUGACGAGCGGCCACGGGGAGAUGUGAUCGCCACCGGAGCCAGGAUUGUCUUGUCAAUAUUUGGCCUUGCCGUUCUUCAGACCGUUCUCACACACCAAUAUCUACAGAUGGUGGCGAAUACCAGCAUCCGAGCCAAGGGUGGUUUGAUGGCUGCGAUAUACAACAAAUCUCUGCGGCUUUCUCACGAAAGUAGGUCGUGCCGGCCCACCGGCGAUAUUGUGAACCACAUGGCAGUAGACACGCAGUACAUCCAGGACCUCAUACCGAUGGCCCAUCAGCUGUGGUCCGCACCUCUACAGAUAGUUCUAUGUGCCCUGGCACUGUACCGUCUGGUUGGGUGGGCGCUGUUAGCGGCGGCGAUCGUCACGCUGCUUAUGCUCCCUCUCAACGGGUGGAUAACCAGCGCCAUGCUGAAUAUCCAGGAGCAGGUUAUGCGCGCCAGAGACUCGAGAAGCCGGAUCGUCUCUGAGAUGGUGAAUAACAUCAAGGCCAUCAAACUUCAUGCCUGGACGUCCGCUAUGCUGAAAAGGCUCGGCUCCCUGAGGCGUGACCACGAGCUCCGCACUCUCCUCAAAAUGGGCACCGUACACUCCGCCGCUACACUCAGCAUGGUGGCCGCCCCUUUCUUCAUGUCCUGCGGGACAUUUGCUUGGUACGCCCUUAUUGAUAAGAAACGUCUCACGGCCGAAAUCGUGUUUCCUGUUCUCGCCCUAUUCCAGCUGCUCGGCGUUCCGCUGGCCUACCUGCCUAUGUCCAUGACCCUUGUCGCACAGGCAGGAGUCGCUUCGCGCAGGAUAGGCGCUUUCCUGAGCGAGGGCGAGGUCCAGCAGGACGCCACCGUGUUUGAAGAGGCCACUGAUCUCCCUGGAGACGAAACUGUGCUUGUGCGACAGGGUGAAUUUUCGUGGCAGUUCGACGACGACCUGGGGAAUACUUUGGACGACAUCAACCUGACAGUCCGGAAUGGGCAGCUGUGUGCCAUGGUGGGAGAAGUUGGGGCGGGCAAGUCGUCUUUACUCCAUGCGAUCCUGGGCGAGAUGCACAAGACCCGUGGCAGCGUCGUCGUUCGCGGCUCGGUCGCCUACGCAUCACAGCAGCCCUGGCUCCUACACGGCACGGUUCGUGAUAACAUCCUGUUUGGCCAACCCUUCGACAAGGACUUUUACCAGCAGACCAUCGCUGCCUGUGCCCUGCUAGAAGACCUGGCCCAACUCCCGCAGGGCGAUGCCACCGUCAUCGGUGAGCGCGGCCUGGGUAUCUCUGGGGGACAGAAGGCCAGGGUUGCUCUUGCGCGAGCUGUCUACGCCCGGGCUGACGUUUAUUUGCUGGAUGACUGUCUUUCUGCCGUUGAUGCGCACGUUGGUCGGCACCUGAUCUACCACGUUUUGGGCCCCCAGGGACUGCUUCGCACAAAGACCCGGAUCCUGGCAACUAAUACGACUGCGGUUCUUACAUGUGCCGACUACAUCUACCUACUUCAACAGGGCGCCAUCGUGGAAGCUUCCUCGCCGAAGACGGCCUCGUUUGAUCCAGAGAGUCGGAUCGGGAGGCUCCUCGCGAAAGAUAGCGGGAACGGAGCUGUAGAGGCUGCUGAGGAGGUUCGUGGAAUCUCGUUGCCGGUGGACGUCGGUCCAGCUGUCGAGGAGAGCAGGAAGAGAUGGAGCGAGACCACGGUGGGAACUCUAAUAGAAGGCGAAGGAGAAGCCGCGCAGUCGACAAACCACUCCGACAGGCAAAGGGACGAAGAGAGCCACACGCCAAUACACGGAGAGUUGAAAUCGCUGUCCUCGAGAGAGGUAAAAUGGGAGGUUUAUGCCCAUUACGCGAAGGCUGUUGGAUUUGACGCGGUCGUGCUGUACUCUGUGAGCCUCAUAGCAGCACAGGCCAUCCAAAUGGGGAGCACGCUUUGGCUGAAGAGGUGGGCCGAGACAAACGCUCUUGAGAAUAAUAGAGCGAACAGCACGGUUUACAUCGGCGUUUACAUGGCCCUUGGACUUGGGUCCUCUUUCAUAUCGUUUGCCCAGUCGUUGAUCUUUUGGAUUGCGUGCGCCACCAGGGCAUCUCGGAAAAUCCACGAGAGACUGGCCGAGGCUGUGUUUGCUUCGCCUAUGUCCUUCUUCGAUGCUACCCCGGCAGGGCGUAUAACAAAUCGUUUUCUGGGUGACAUGAGCCGAGUCGACGAAGCCUUGGGCCGUAGCAUCAACAUGGUCUUGACCAACAUUCUACGGACCUUCUUCACCCUGGGCAUUGUCUCCGUUUCUACGCCGGCUUUUACCUUGCUCAUCAUACCCCUUGUCGUCGUCUAUCUAUGGGUUCAAAGGUACUAUAUCAGAACGUCGCGUGAGCUACGACGACAUGAAAGUGCCACUCGGAGUCCAGUCUACGCGCAUUUUCAGGAAUCACUGCACGGCAUAUCAACCAUCCGAGCAUAUCGCCAGCAAGCGCGGUUCGGGCGUGUGAACGAGGCCCGAGUAGACGCGCACCUCCGUGCCCUAUUUCCCUCGGCAUGCGUGAAUCACUGGCUCGGAAUUCGGCUUGAGAUGCUCGGCGCAUUAGUGCUGCUUUCAUCGGCCGGGUUCUCUGUUCUGACCAUCGCCCGCGGAUUGCCGCUCAGCCCCGGCCUCGUGGGUCUCGCAAUGAGCUACUGCUUGCAAAUCACCACCUCACUGAACGCCGUGGUCCGGCAGUCGGUUGAGGCGCAGCUCAACAUCGUCUCCCUAGAGCGCGUGCUGGAAUACACGCACCUCCCGUCCGAGGCCGCCGAAGUCGUGGAGGACUGCCGCCCUGGGAUGGGAUGGCCGACCGAAGGGGCGGUGACACUUGACCACUAUAGUGCGCGCUAUCGCAGCGACCUAGGUCUGGUUCUCGACGACGUCUCGGUCGAUAUCCGGCCCGGUGAGAAGAUCGGUGUUGUCGGACGUACGGGAGCGGGAAAGUCGUCGCUUGGGCUCGCACUGUUUCGGAUCAUCGAGCCGGUAGCGGGUUCAGCGCACAUCGAUGGCGCGGAUAUCUCGGCUAUGGGCUUGUCUGAUCUCCGGAGCAGGCUUGCCAUUAUACCGCAGGAUGGGGCGCUUUUCGAGGGGACGCUGCGUCAGAACCUUGACCCGGGGAAUGAGCAUCUGGACAGCGAUCUCUGGAACUCGAUUUACGAGGCAGGCCUGGCACCUUUUGUUCUCCAAAGGGGAGGUGGCCUAGAUACCAAGAUCUAUGAAGGAGGUUCCAAUCUCUCUCAGGGCCAGCGCCAGCUCGUGUCACUGGCACGUGUCAUGCUCAACCCAUCUAAUGUGGUUGUGCUCGACGAGGCCACGGCGUCCAUGGACGCGGCGACGGAUGAACGCGUGCAGGCGAAGCUCAAGAGCCCGCUAUUCAACAAUCGUACCGUGAUUACCAUCGCGCACCGCAUCGAUACGGUGCUCGACUACGACCGCAUCCUCUCGCUGGAGAGGGGCCGUGUGGUGGAGUUUGGCCCGCCUGCAGAACUUCUUCGGCGGCAAGGUCUGUUUUAUAGCCUGGCUAAAGAAGCGCGACUAGUUGAGGAACCUUGACGGGUUCUUCUCGGUUUUUGAUUCUUCCUACUAAGCUUGCAUCCAGAACGAUACAAGAUCAGCUCGGGCGUCAUUGAAACCGGCAAGUGGCCAACAUGGUGCAUAGGCGUUUCAGUGCUUCAGGCCUAGUUUCACCCCUUUUGCCCCCUUUUGCCCCCUUUUGUCCCCUCCUGCCCUUUAAGCCCCCUACCAUUUACCGACCCUUGUUUACCUAACUAUCAUGCACGGAUUGAAGCUUGGAGUACGGAGUACAGAACACUGCUAGGUCAUAGUUGGUCCAUAUAAUAUUCUGCCAUUUCUGUAGACACCAUUCUGUACUGUUAUAUGGGUAUGGCAGGAUCUACCCGAUGAGAUGGGUGGGCGAACAAGAGAAAUAAUAAGGACUUAUCACGAUAUAAGUCAACUAACUACCUGGAACCCAGAAUAGUACAACAGCUG